ACAAGAUUCCUGUUAGAGAUUCCUGCAUUCGCCAUGGAGCGUUGCUUUUAGUUAACGCGCCGAUGAGUGCCGCUUCCUUGCCGAGCACGUGGUAGUUAUUGCUUCCCUGCUCCUUUGAAACCUGUAGUCGUCUCUUGCAGAGGAGCAUCUGACUUGGCGCUGUGGUCCGAAAAAUGUCAUAGGAACGUUUGGUCAUGGCUCUUUCGGUCUGAUACAUCAGUCCAGCGGGAAUGACGAGCCAGCGCCUGUAGCCGCAGAAUCCCUGCACGAAUCUCGCGCUAGUUUCGCAGUCUCUACCUGCUGAAUAAGGACGAGUUUUUAGACGAGGUUAAGUGUCAAGAAUGGCGAACCAGCCCGAGCUGGAGAUUGCGGUUUACCUGCACAAUUUCCAUAACCUCGACCUGCUGAAACAAGGGUGGUACGGCGUGAAGGUGCAAUGCCUGUGGGACGGCUCCGGGCGACUGGCGUCCCCUUCUCGCGUUCUGCAGUAUGCAUUCCCUGAGACUCAGAAGGGCGAGGCGCUGACGUCAUGGCGAGUGGACGACAGCGACAGCAGCUACCACUCGCGCUACUUCCGCAUCCGCUUCGCCCGCCAGGACGUGGGGCUCAGAGAGGUGGCCUGCUUUCACCUGCCCGUGCGCCAAAAGAGGCCAUAUGACGAGCCUGUCUCGCUGCGCUUUGAGCUGCUCCACGCGCCCUUCACAGCGGGCCGGGGGAACGUGCCCCCCGACGAGCUGGACCCCGUGGCUCGGCAGAUAGUGCGCAUUCCGGGCGGCAUGUGGCAGCACGUGCACGAGUACACGCCCAUCACGUUUGACACCAUGCACUUUGCCCAGCUGGACGUCACCAUCCAUGCCGCCCUGCUGCACUUCUCCAAGCCACUACCGCAUUCCGCCCCUCGCCCAAGAAUUGCUCGUCCAGUGAACCCCCCACCACCCGCACUCCCUCCACCAGUAGACCUGCCCCCAGUCACCUUCUACACCACGGACCAGCCCUCACAACCACGUACCCAGCAACCCUCCCCUGACGGGGCAUCUCAAGCUGACAGCGCCCCUGCUGCGACUACUGCUGAAUCUCCAAGCGCUGGCGUCGGUGUCUUGACGGGGGAGAGUGGUGCAGAAGGGGUUGCAGCAGACCUCGCUGCUGCAGCGGCGGGUGCAGCAGAGGGGGUUGCAGAUCCCACUCCUGCAGUGGCAGGGGCAGGUGCUGGUGCAGGUGCUGGUGCAGGUGCAGGUGCAGGUGCAGGUGCAGGUGCAGCUGUCCACGAAGAGGGCAGGGAUGAGUUCUAUGAGGCCGAAGGCAGCUUUGGUGGGGCGCAGGGGAAGCAGGAAGAGCAGGGAGGGGAGUUGCCUGCUGAUGGCGGCAGAACGGUUGGUGAUUUGGUGGGUGAUGAUCCGGCAGACGAUUCGGCUCAGGAGGAGGUGCUGGAGAGCAUUCCCAUCGGCGCAGAGGAGGGGGGGAAUGGCCGGGAAAGUACGAGUGCUGGUGAUGGCGCUGAUGGUCCUAGCGGCGUUGAUGGGCAUGGAAGCAGGGAUGCUGCUGCUGCUGGUGUGGCAGGAGGAGGGACUGGAGUGUCUGGGAGCACAGGUGGUGUUGGAGGUGGGAAUGGGAAGGGGUCUGGGACGGGCGGGCAGGGGAGCAGUGGGGAUUCUGGAGCGAGGGAGCAGGAGAGAAACGGCAAGGAGAAGGUUGCAGCAGACCCCUCAACGAGGACCAUGGUGUGUCUGCUGCUCGAGUCCGCUCUCCUCCUGCGCUCCCUCAAUGCUGCCCUCGCCAGCACUUACAACCUGCACCACCUGCUACCUCCCCCAGACGUUAUGUCUGAACAGUCGCGCUGCUCUCCUGUGCUGGUCAGGGCACUGUGUAAACUGAUGGGGCAGCAGACAAGUGCUGAUGGAAUAGAUGCUGACAGAGCAGGUGCUGACAGAGCAGGUGCUGACAAGGCAUGUGCUGACAAGGCAGAUGCUGGCAGGGCAGAGGGGGAUUCCUGUGGAGUGGAGGCGAGAGGGGAGGAGGGGACCCCUGCAGUUGAGGGGGAACUUGCAGCAGAUAGAGGAAGGAGUGAGGCGGACAUUGCUGGGGACAGUGAGACUGGGGAUGCUGGAGAGAGCAAUGAAGGGGCUGUUGGCGGCAGCAGAGGUGGCGAUGCGGCAAAGGGGAGGUUACAGGGGGAGGAGGGCGAGAAGAUGGCCGUGGGGGGAGGCUUGAGUGGGGAACAGGGUGCUAGUGGGUCCGACGCUGUAAAGGGUGAGGGCGAUGGUGUGGGUGGUGGGGGUGGAGGGGGUGGUGGGGGGGAUGGUGGAAAAGAGAAGGAAGAAGGCAAGGAGGGGUCAAGUGCGGAGGAUGGGACGAGCAGUCGCGUGGGUGAGAGAGAUACAAGUGUGGCUGCCAAGAGUGUGGCUGCCGAAAGUGUGGCUGCUGAGAGUGUGGCAGUUGGGAGUGCGAGUCUCACGGAGGAGGAGGCAGAAGCUGUGAAGGUAGCGGCCAAGGGUCUCGUGAAUGCCUACUGGACAUCCUUCCUCAGCAUGCACAAGCUGUGCCACGUGGAGCUGUGUGCAGUGCUGCGGUGGCAGUGGCUGGCAAACCAGUCACGUGAGGCAGCAGCGUGGGUGUUUGCGGCCUCCUCCCCCUUGCAGACAGAGCAGCUGUUUGGCCUCGACCGCUGGCCUGAUGUCUCUGUGCUCAAGCACUCCGUGCCUCAGGAUAAACAGACCGACCUCGCUCUGCUCUCAGCAGCCUUGGCCCGCCAGGUGCGAGCAGCCAUGCCAGCAGUGCCUUCCUCCGUGCUCUCCCUACCGCCCUUCCGGCCACAGCUGCUGCCUCGACCCGCCCUCACUGAAACCCUCAACCUGCGCGCAGUGCCCUGUGUGACGUCAUGCCUGCAGGACAUGCGCCUCUAUUCCCGCUCUCUCAUGCAGCCCCUGCUCUUCUGCCACUCGCUGCUGCCGCUCCUCCUCACUGCCCCCUCCUCCAUCCUCUCUCCUCCUCCUACCCCCAAUCCCACCACCCCCACCACUCCCACCACCAUCAACUACAACACCUCCUCCUCCUCUUACCCCUCCUCCCCCUCCUCCUCCUUCUCCUCUUCUGCUGUUUCUGACAUUCGUCUUAUGGCUGCUUCUGCUGCCGCUAGUGCUGGCCCCACAUCCACCUUCCCCAGUCCCUCCCUCCCCAGGUCCCCCUCGCUCCUCCCCACCACCUCCUCCUCUCUCGAUUCUCUCCUCUCCUCCUUGAGCUCGCACCCUCCCGCCUCUGUCCCCUUCUGCCUCUCCUCCCCCCACCGACCACCCAUCCCCACCCAUCUCAACCACAUCUCACCUCUCAGCCCUGCUGCUGGUUUAGGCCAUUCUGCUGCUCCCACUGCAGCAGCAGGCGUAGAAGCAGCAGCAGCAGGAGGAGGAGUGGAGGGAGGCAGGAAGGCUACACGGGGCAAGCACGUGGUGGUAUUUGUGCACGGCUAUCAGGGCCAUCGCAUGGACCUACGCCUGGUGCGCGACAGCUGGCGCCUGCUAGACCCCGACAUCGAGUGCCUCAUGGCCGAGAGCAACGAGGCAAACUCCGCCGCCCCCCACUCCCCUUCCCCCUCCUCCUCCUCCCAUUCGCCCGCCCGCGCCCCCGACCUGAGUGGUGUGGAGGCGAUGGGAGCGCGUCUGGCGCACGAGGUGGUAACCGCGUUACGCAGCAUGUUUGGGCCGAUCGACCGGCCAAACAGGAAGAACGUGCUGCAGAGGCUGUCUUUCGUGGGGUACUCCAUUGGCAACCUGGUCGUCCGUGCAGCACUGGCAGAUGAGAGCAUGAGGCCUUACCUGCCCUACCUGCACCUGUACCUGUCGUUCUGUGGGCCCCACCUCGGCUACAUGUACCACUCCAACUCGCUGGUAACGGGAGGCAUGUGGCUGCUCAAGCGCCUCGACCCCUCCUCCCUCAUGCGCCAGCUGUCCUUCUCUGAUUCGCUCAACGUCCGCGACUCAUGCAUCUACCGCCUGUCGCAGCGUAAGGAGUGGGUCAACUUCAAGCACAUCGUCCUCUUCGCCUCGCCCCAGGACGAAUAUGUGCCGUACCAUUCGGCCCGCCUGGAAGUAUUUGGUGCUGUGUUGAGGGAUGCUCGUCUUGGGGGUGUGUACACAUCAAUGGUGGAAGGAUGCCUCGCUCCUUUCCUUUCCCACCCCUCAUGGACAUCAGGAGAUCGUUCGUUCAUCCGCUGUGAUGUUAAUUUUGAGCUGCCGCAACAGCAGCGCAAUCUAAAUCGUUUGCUGGGCAGAGCGGCUCACAUCGAGUUUCUUGAGUUUCCGGCCUUUAUUCAGUUUUUCUUUGCCACGCAUAUGCAUUUGUUGGCAAUCGGUGCAGAAUGAGCAAUGGCAUUUCUCAAUGAUGUGCAGAAUCCGUAUAUUUUAUGCAUGUACUACACCGACUUCUUAGGCGCUGUCUGCGAAAUAUAUGUUGUAUCCGCGCUGACUCGAAGAGGACGAUUGCUGAG